AUGACGGAUGUGGCGAGCACGGUGGUGCAUGGUGUCAUAGGGCGGCGCAUCCAGGACGUGGACCAGCCAAUUGUUGACUAUAUCAUCAACGUCCUGGCCGAUGAGGACUUCGAUUUCGGUGUCGACGGCGAGGGCGCCUUUGAAGCCCUAGGGGAACUUCUUGUGGAUUCUGGCUGUGUCACCGACGACUCUGAAUGCCGAUCGGUAUGCAGUAAAAUCUCAGAGAAAUUUGGGAAGCAUGGGUUGGUGAAAGAAAAACCAACAGUAAGAAGCCUUUUGGCACCAUUGAGAAUGUAUGAUGGAAUGGAUGAAGAGGAAGCUCCAAAGAAGAAGCCAGAGCCAGUGGAUGGUCCUUUAUUGACUGAGCGUGACAAGAUGAAGCUUGAAAGGAGGAAGAGGAAAGAGGAUCGCCAGAGAGAGGCACAAUACCAAAACCACUUGGAGGAGAUGGAAGCAGUCAAAGCUGGAAUGCCUGCUGUACGUGUAAAUCAUGACCAUAGUGAUGGACCUGCUGUUAGGGAUAUUCACAUGGAGAAUUUUAAUAUAUCCGUUGGGGGUCGUGAUCUUAUUGUUGAUGGUUGCGUGACUCUAUCUCAUGGAAGACACUACGGCCUCGUUGGAAGGAAUGGUACAGGUAAAACAACCUUCCUCAGGUACAUGGCCUUGCAUGCCAUUGACGGCAUCCCAAAAAAUUGCCAAAUAUUACACGUGGAGCAAGAAGUGGUUGGUGAUGAUACAAUAGCUUUGGAAUGUGUUCUAAAUUCUGAUUUUGAAAGAACCCAGCUUUUGGAAGAAGAAGCUCACUUGAUUGCGUCACAGAGAGAAAUGGACCUAGAGGGGGAAGCUGAAAAGAUCAGUGGGGAGCUGAAUGGAGGGGUUGACAAAAAUGCCAUUGGACAGAGGCUUGAAGAGAUAUACAAAAGACUGGAGUUGAUUGAUGCUUAUUCUGCAGAGGCACGUGCAGCUUCUAUUCUUGCGGGUCUGAGUUUCUCCCCAGAAAUGCAGAAGAAGCCAACAAAAGCUUUUUCUGGAGGUUGGAGAAUGAGAAUAGCUCUUGCUCGUGCUUUGUUUAUUGAGCCUGAUCUAUUACUACUUGAUGAACCCACGAAUCAUCUUGAUCUGCAUGCUGUCUUGUGGCUGGAAACGUACCUUGUGAAAUGGCCGAAGACGUUUAUUGUUGUUUCACAUGCUAGAGAGUUCUUGAACACUGUGGUCACAGACAUUCUACAUCUUCAAGGUCAAAAACUGGUUGCUUUCAGAGGAAAUUAUGACGUAUUUGAGAGAACAAGAGAAGAACAGCUCAAGAACCAACAGAAAGCAUUUGAGUCAAACGAACGCUCAAGAGCCCAUAUACAGUCAUUCAUUGACAAAUUUCGCUACAAUGCCAAGCGUGCAUCUCUUGUUCAGUCAAGAAUUAAGGCGCUGGAGCGGUUGGGUCACAUGGAUGAAAUUAUAAAUGAUCCUGACUACAAGUUUGAAUUCCCAUCUCCUGAUGAUAGACCCGGACCACCAAUUAUAAGCUUCAGUGAUGCAUCCUUUGCAUAUCCUGGAGGCCCGACAUUGUUUAAGAAUUUGAAUUUUGGAAUAGAUCUUGAUAGCCGAAUAGCAAUGGUUGGGCCAAAUGGUAUCGGAAAGUCAACUAUACUCAAACUUAUUUCCGGGGAGCUUCAACCAAGCUCUGGAACUGUUUUCCGUUCGGCUAAGGUUCGAAUUGCUGUGUUUAGUCAGCAUCAUGUUGACGGCUUAGACCUCUCUUCAAAUCCGCUUCUGUAUAUGAUGCGCUGCUUCCCAGGAGUGCCUGAACAGAAGCUAAGAGGUCAUUUAGGUUCAUUUGGAAUAACUGGAAAUCUUGCCCUACAGCCGAUGUACACAUUAUCUGGUGGUCAGAAAAGCAGAGUUGCAUUUGCAAAGAUAACUUUCAAGAAGCCUCAUAUUUUACUGCUUGAUGAGCCAUCAAACCAUCUUGAUUUGGAUGCAGUGGAAGCAUUGAUCCAAGGUCUCGUCUUGUUCCAAGGGGGUGUGUUAAUGGUAAGUCACGACGAGCAUUUGAUCUCUGGAAGUGUAGAUCAGCUGUGGGCUGUCUCAGAAGGCAAGGUGAAUCCUUUCGAUGGAACAUUCCAGGACUACAAGAAGAUACUACAAUCUGCUUAG